UAAAGUUUAGGUUCAGAGAUUGUAAUAAAAUAGCAAUGUUACAUAUCUAAAGUGGCAAUUUAUGACAUUCCCGCAAGGGGGCACACGCGAGCAAACAAAACAUAAACAAAACACGGUUGGUGAGUAUAUCCGGGUCAGAGUGAGGACGUCUUAAAGUGUUGCCUUUGAAAUGUCUUUUAUUUCUGAAAAAAAAGAUUCGUGUUUCUAUGUUUUAGCUGGUCUGUCAUGAUCAGGUCAGUGCUGCUGCGCAGGUUAUCCUCCCACAUCCUGUCCAGUACAAGAGGAUCGUGUCUACUUACAGGUCGGACACCCAAUGGCGUGCACCCUCAUUUAUCAGGUCACACUCCCAUCCAGCAGAGCUUCCAUGGACCCCUCACACCAAAAAUCACAGCCCUGGUCAGGUACUCUGACUUGUCCACACAGAAGUACACCAUGAUUUACAACCUGCCACACAUUAAGCUCCUCAGAGCGUUAUCCAGGAUCAAACUGCUCCAAACUGCAAUCACCGUGGUCAUCUUGCCCCCAGUGUAUUUCCUCUACUUUCAAGGAGACCUUCCCUUCUUUUUUGUCAGCUACACAACAGGGAUAGCGCUGUUCGCUGGUGUCAUGCUGUACACUGCCAGUCACGUCUUCAGGAGGGUUGUGGGGAUGAUGUACCUGGACCCUUCCCAGACCACGCUCAAAGUGUCCCACCUCACUUUCUGGGGCAGGCGCCAUGACAUCUACAUGCCUGUGUCAGAUGUUAUGACCAUUGGGGAUACAGGAGACUCUGUAAAUGAGACAAUAGUGAAACUAAAGAGAUACAGCUGUCCGGAGACGUUGUAUUUUUCUAUUAAUUAUGGACGCGUGGUGGACAAACAAGGUUUUGAGAAGGUGUUUGGAACAUAAACAUAGUAGUUUUGUUUCUUCAAGUAUUGGGACAGUAGUCAUGAAUCCUUCUCAUUCUUAUGUUCAAUAUAUAACUUGUUAUCAUGAGAAGAUUUUGUUCUCUGU